UUUCAGAUAUUAAUAUCUGAAUGAAACUGCAGAGAAUCCUGCACUUACAGUUGGAUACACAGUACCAAAACUUUACUAACUUUUCAGACUCUAAUGUCUGAAUUAUGUACAACUAUUUGGAUAUUAAUAUCCGAAUAUUGUCAACAUUGUUGGACUCUUAUAUCCGAAUUUAGUGCCAGUUUUCAGAUAUUAAUAUUUGAAUAAAACUGCUUAGAAUCCUACGCUUACCUGGUUUGUCUUUGAGUGUUACAGGGUGACACUUCAACACUUGGUAGUUAUGUAGGGCCAUCGACUAUACCUACUUUGACUUGUCCUCCAUACGAUUAUACGGAGCAUUUUACAACGGAGACGGUUUUUCCAUCCGAUGAAGCGUUGGUAGAUUGGAUAAGAUGCACUGGAAAACAACACGGGUUUAUCAUUGUGAUUAAGGGUUCUGAGAAAUGUAUUAAGAAUCGCACACCUAGGAUGAGGUUUUCAUGUGAAAGGAGUGGUAAGUAUAGGUCGUUCGUGAAGAAAGUUGAUGGGAAGGAGGUAGCUGUAAAGAAGAGAGUGCGGUCCACGGGCACCAAAAAAUGUGAAUGCCCAUUUGAAUUGAAAGCUGUAAAGGGCAAUGAUGGUUGGACUGUCUCUGUCCAUAAUGGCACCCACAACCAUCCUCCAGCGGUGUACUUGGAGGGUCAUUCGUAUGCCGGGAGGUUGUCGGCAGAGCAGACUAGCACGGUGGUUGAUUUGUCAGUUGCUUUGGUGAAACCCAGAGAAAUCCUAACCCAUUUGAAGGUUCAAGAUCCUGAGAACGUAACGUCUAUCAAAACCGUGUACAAUGUACAACAAAAGUAUCGAGUGAUAGAGAAAGCUGGAAAAUCUCAAAUGCAACAUUUGUUGGAUUGGCUAGAAAAGUACCACUACGUUCAUUGGACCCAUGGGAACGAGACUGAGAAUGUCACGGAGUUGUUUUGGUCUCCUCCAUCUGCCAGGCAGAUGUUGCAUACUUUUCCCCACGUUUUAAUGAUGGAUUGCACACAUAAGACGAAUAAGUACAAGUUUCCUUUGCUUCAAAUUGUUGGUGUAACAUCGACGGAGAUGACUUUUUGUGCAGCAUUUGCUUUCAUGGAGUGUGAAAAAACGGAAAACUACACUUGGGUCUUGGAGAAGCUAAAAGGCAUGAUGGAUCCCAACGCGCUUCCGUCCGUUAUUGUCACAGAUAGAGAGUUGACGCUUAUGAAUGCCAUCGCACAUGUUUUCCCUCAAGCUACUAACCUCCUAUGUAGGUGGCAUACUGGCAAGAACGUAUUAGCCAAGUGUAGAAAGAUGUUUGAUGACAAGAUGUGGGAGGAGUUUAUUUGCAGUUGGGGCCUAGUCGUCCUUUCAUCGAGUGUUGCACAGUAUGAGGAGCGCCUUUGUGUUUUGAAGCGUAAUUUUGAAAUGGUUCCUGCAGCACUUGAGUACGUCGAGAAAAAUUGGUUGGUACCCUACAAAGAGAGGUUUGUAGGAGCUUGGACGAACAAAGUCAUGCAUUUCGGAAACCUAACAAGUAACAGGGCGGAGAGUUCACAUUCGAAGCUAAAAAAUCAUCUUGAAAACUCGCAAUGCAAUUUUGAUACUAUAUGGGAGAAGAUUCACAGAUUGAUGCUGUUACAAGUUACUGAAGUCAAAGCUUCGUUUGAGAAGAGCCUUAAUUCUGUGCAACAUGAUUUUAGGACAACUCUAUUUGAUAGGCUAAGGGGAGUUGUUUCAUUAAAUGCCAUGACACUUGUUUUAGCGGCAUCCCAUCAAGUCGAAUGGUUUGUGGAAUCGAAGCGUCAGUGCGAGUGUUCUUUGAGGCACACCCAUGGUUUACCUUGCGCUCAUGAGAUUGCUCCUUAUAAGAUGGCAAAUAUCCCUCUACCGAUUGAGUUAAUCUACGACCAUUGGAAGAGGCUUUCUUUGCUUGCACCCCAGAAUGAGGGUUCGAUGGAGGAGACGCUUUUGGCUCACUUCGAUUGUUUUUACAACAAGUUCUUGAAUGAAGAUCAAUUUGAUGUAAAGCUAAAUUAUGUUAAGAAAACGCAAGAGCUUGCUCAUCCGAAAACCAGUACUUUCCUUGAACCCAAAGUGAAUGCACAACCACGCGGUCGGAAGUCAACGAAAGAAAAAAAUGUAGCCAAAGAACAAAAUUCGACGCGUAGGGAUCCCUCGGAAUUUGAGCAUGUUCUGGCAUCCCUUCAAACCCCUAAGCCCAUCAAAGAGAAACCGCGGCGUAAUCUGAAAGGGAAAGCAAAAGUUCCAGCACAACUUUUUAUAUGCCCCUUCAUCAAUCAGUUCCCAGAAGCAAUAAGACCUUACAUAGAAUCGGUCAAGGAUGUUGAAGAUGAUGGGAAUUGUGGGUUUCGAGCAGUGUCGGGCUUCAUGAAAGACGAUGUUCAUGAGUGGUUAAUGGAACAUUGUAUGACAAUGCCAGACAUGGGUCACAUCAUAGCAUCUGCUUAUAAUUGUGUCAUUGUCCAUUUAUCAAAUGUUCAAUGUCUUACAUUCCUCCCCCUCCAAUCGAAGCCUUUACCCUCCUUGAAACGAAAGGUUAUUACUAUCGGGUUUGUUGACGGCGGACACGUUGUACAGAUUCUCUACAAUAAUUGCAACGGGUUAACUGGAAACCGACAAAAUGGGUUUUUGGAGCAAAAUUCUUAUGUUCACCUCAUAGCAUCUGUUUUUCAGACGGUGGUUGUCUUUUUAUCGAAUCAUCAAUGUCUUACGUUCCUCCCACUACGAUAUCCGCCCCUUCCCCCUGAGAGUCGAUGUUUGAUUGCGCUCGGACAAGUUAACGGCGAUCACUUUGUAACGGUACAUUUGCGACCAAAUUCCCCCAUCCCGCCUAUUGCAAGGAAUUGGUAUAUACAUCACUACUCAUUCACGGAUGGAUGGGAUACACAAUAUUCAAACAAGAUCGAAGAGUUUAAAAACAUAGUGGAGAACGAUGUGGCAAUGACGGACAUAAUCGAACUAGACUAG